AUGGAAGCGGUGCUCAUGUCGGUCAAAAAGAAGGUGCCGUCGCCGCCGAUUCCGAUCCCACUGAACAUGGAGCCCCACAAAUCGCACCUGGACAUUGUGGCGACGCCCGUAUUGAGUCCCGACGACGUGAUCAAGAAGAGCAAGCAGCUCGCAGCGCUCACGUUCCAAGUUGCCGCCAGCUUUCCCGAGCCGGCACCGGGACUACCGACAGCGACGUCGGACGCCAUGCCGACGCCCCCACCGACAUCGGCUCCGGUACCGUCACCGACGUCUGGAUCGGUUCCGACCGACGACCAAGUGCGACCAUCGGUUCCUAUCCGGUACAUUUGA